CGACUACAACUUUAUAAGAUACAAAUUCGGCCUCACAUGGAGUUCUGUUCUAAUCUUUGGGCGGGGGCACCCCAGUACCAGUUUCUCCUUCUGGAUCGCAUCAAGCGCCGAGUGGCUUGAAUCAUCGACGACAAGAAUCUUUCCAAUUAGCAGAGCUUUUCAAUCUUUCGGCAGAGCCAAAAAACGAUCAAGGCUCUGCGUAAGGAUAAAGAUUCGCUCUGCAUCUUCUAUCGCUAUGUCACGGCGAAUGUUCUUUUUUCGGAUUCAUUGCAGUUGCUGCUUUUCGCCAUCAUACAACUCGACAAAUUUUCAACCCGUGCAAUUUUGCGAUUUUUUUAACAAAGUAGUAGUAUUUUUUUUUAACUACGUACGACAAAACUGUAGAAUUCAUUCUCACCAGCAGUGCUGCCGGACCAAUACGGCCCUAAAACGCGCCUACCCUUGCGGUGUUAGCAGAAUACUGACGUCGCAGCGCGGCAUUUUGCUGAGCGAAAGCCAUUUUCGUACAGUAGGAUUUGUUAUCUGUUUUUAUUUUCAUUGGUGUCUUUUUUUUUAUUGUAAGUAACAGUUUCUACCCACUUACCAAAUAAAUAUUUCCCUAAUUCUAUUCUAUUCUAUAAAAUCUAGGUAAUAUUAUAUUGGUCAACAAUGUAACAAUAUAAAACUUCGACACAACCUUCCUAAACUUCGUUUUCUUUUACAAUCCUGGGGAAAAAAUCCCAGAAAUUAGUGAUUUCUUCAGUUUAAGUUGUGGAGAUCAUUAGCAAACAAUCAAUCAAGCAAUCGAAUGACGAUGUAAGAACUCGUUUGGUUAGUUUGGUCAGUGUUGCCACCUUGGUGGUUUUUCCACCAGAACUGGUGCUUUUUCACGGCUUCUAGUGGUAUAUUUUCAUUAUCUAGCGGUUUUUUUUUAGUGUUUUUCAGUUGUUUUUUAUCAUAAAAUCUAGCAACAUAUUAUUAAGGGGGAAAUCCCCUAACUUUCCGGAAUUUCAUAAUGUUCUAUGCUUACUCUGUGACAGGAAAUUCCUACACGCGUUUGUCUGUUAAGGGAUUCCUUUAAUCGUUCAUUCUGUUUCAGGAAUAAGGUUCGCGUUCGCUUCAUUUUCGCGUUCAUUGUGUUGUUAAAAAGUGUAAAAGAUUGAUUUGAUAGAAACAUUUGUAACAGUGUAUGAACUCCUGAAGCUGUAUAGUUAGAGUAUUCAAUUAUAUGUUAUUAUGGAAAUUCUAUUCAAGAAAAAGAAUUACUUACAAAAGUAUAGAAAAGAAUGGGAAUCACUCGACGAAUUCCAAACCUGGCUUAAACCUUUAGCAGGUGUUGAUGCGAAGGCGUUUUGUUCAUUUUGUAAAGCACAAUUAUUAGCAAAAGUAGUAAAUUUUACAAGACAUGCUGAAACAAAAAAGUACAAACAAAAAAUGCAAAUUCUAUCCGGCAAUCAAACGAUAUCAUUUAAAAAACACAAAAUACUCUUUCAAAAAUCCACUACAACCACAACCAAACAUCUUCAGCUUCGACAUCGAUGAAGUCGAUGAAGCGUCGGCGUCUGUGAACGACGAUGAAGUUAUAGAACAUGUAAUAAUUGUUAUCUAAGAUUUAUUUCUUGAUUAUAAAUAAUGAAUGUAAAAACAUAUUUACCCGGUUUUAUUACAUUCUCUAGUACUACUAAGGUAACGCUCGAAAAAGUUUUAAGUUAGUAAAAACAAUACUGCCAUUUUAUUAAAUAACUAAAUUUUACUAAUUUAGAACGACUGAGGGAUACAGUUAUUUUUGUAGCGUAACAUACAUAUUCACUGGUUUUUAUUUAAAUUAGGGUUUUUUGUUGUCUGAGAUGUAAUUGUAAUUUAGCGGAUUUUGGUGUAUUUUAUUAAAUCCAAAUUUUUGAAAUCUGGCGAUAUUUUACCUUUCACUUGGCACCUUAAAAAAAUCCAAGGUGGCAACACUGAGUUCGGUCGGUGACUACUUCUAAUGACGCAGUUGCGCGUGCGCCAUCGGCGUGAUUGGCGGGCGUUUCGGAUUUUAGAACGAUGAGUCGGCGCUCAUUAAAGAUGUCAUCAAAGCAUCGACCCUCCACACCCAUCUUCAAAAUGGAGUGUUACACAUCGGAUAGUUGUGACAGUGAUAGCAGAGAACAAAAAACACUUGAUUUAUCCUGCCAAGCAUUGGAGUCCAACUCGUUAUCAUCCGAUCUAGAAGGCAUAGUCAAUGAAAAUGGCUGUGCGAAAAAUUACGAAAUAAUUCUACUGUACAACAACAGAAUAAGGACUGUGCCUGACACCAUAAACAGGUUUUGCAACUUGAAGAUAUUGGAUGUGAGCAACAACAGGCUAACAGUUCUGCCGGAUGUACUCAAGAACUGCCCCCUCACAACUCUGAUUGCAAAUGACAAUCAGCUGACUAAUGAAUCUUUACCAAAGUGUUUUUAUUCUGCCAAGACCACUCUCAGGGAGCUUAAUUUGAGUGGCAAUCAAUUAACCAAUUUCCCUGAACAAGUCUUAGAGAUAACUUCUCUCAAAUAUCUAUAUUUGGGUGGUAAUUGUAUAGUCAAUAUACCAAAGGACAUAUGGAAACUAAGCAGCUUACAGAUUCUAUCAAUAGGAGCGAACCAAAUCACAGAUGUACCGGAUACCGUGGGUCGUUUAGUGGGUUUGCAAGUGCUUGUUUUGAGCGACAACCUCAUAGAACAGCUGCCAGCAAGCAUAGCCAAUUUGAAACAACUACGCUCUCUGCUACUGCACGAGAAUCGGCUGAAGACUCUACCUACGCAAAUAAUUAAGUUGACACGUCUUACAGAGCUCAGUCUGCGCGAGAACCCACUCGUUUCGAGUUUCGACAUGAGGCUGGAACCACCUACACUUCUAGAACUCGCUGGACGGACCACCAAAUUGCAUGCAAUACCAAUAAAUGUAGGAGAUAUACCAAAAACUUUGAUAGAAUACCUUAAUGCUGCCCAAUGCUGCGUAAAUCCAAAAUGCAAAGGUGUCUACUUUGGUAAUUGUGUAGAGUUUGUUGAUUUUUGUGGUAAACAUCAGAUACCACUCCUACAAUAUCUAUGUAGUUCAAAAUGUUUCACUGGCAGUUGAGCCGCGAAAUGGAUAACAAUGCUCACCCACACAUGAUGAGUAAGGUUUUACUCGGAUGAAAACUGAAAAUAUAUUCCUAUAUAUAAAUAGAGGCACAUUAGGUUAAUGCUAGCACUUCACAUGGCUAUUCAUAUUUUCCAUUUGUAAUUUGACAGCAGUACAUCUUUAUCAUACUGUAUUAUGAAUAAAAAAUACAGACUGCUGCCAAAUUAAGUUUAAACAAAUAAAAUUAGUCAUGAGAAGUACCAGCAAAAGAUACAUAUCAUUCUUAUUAUAUCAAAUAUUAAAUCUUGUGCUGCACUGAGAUGUCAAUUAGUGCUUGUCAGACCGAUGUGUUAUUUUUCAAAUCCAAUGCAGUGAUAUCAUCAGACUUUAAUUAAAUAUUUCACACUAUUUGUCAUCUCUGAGUAUAGCAGUCAAAUAUUGUUUAGUAAAAUUUAAAUUGUUUAUUUGUGUCAUAGACAUAAGUCUUCGUAACUGAAAUAUUAUGCUGUUAUCUUUAUACAUUAAUAAAUUAAAGAAAUAUCAAUGUUUAAUACCUCUAUUUAUUUAUCUUCAAAAUUUUCUCUCUUUAUUGAUAUUAAGCAUUUUCUUGUAAAAACUUUACUCUCUCUGCUUUGCCCCUUAAAAUAGCUUCUUUAAAUAACUUACAAUAUAGCUCUAUAGCUACUGGUGUAUCAUCAUUUCCUGGCACUGGAUAAGUGAUUAGAUUAGGAUUGCAGUUCGUAUCUACAAUACCAAUAGUAGGAAUAAGCAUCUUUGCACUGUCUCUCACAGCUGUAUGUUGAUUGAGUAUAUUAUUUUGAGUAUUCAGAAAGAUGCAAAGAUCUGGAAGUCUUGUAACAGCACCAAACUGAUGAUUAGCAUUUGUAAAUAUACCUCCUCUCCAAAACCUAGUGUGUGCAUAUUCUCCACAUUCUUUGGCGGUUUUUUCUACUGUGUGACAAUUUAGUGCAUUUCUGUUGAAGAAACAAAUAAUACCACCUCUAUAAGCAAUAUGAGCAGUAAAAUUAAAUGCUCUUCGAAGGUGUUUGGCUGUAAUAUCCAAGUCAAACAUUAAAUGGCCAAGUCUUGAUCCAUAAAGAUAAGGUCGCAUAUAGUCAUUAAGUGAUCCUUCUUUAUGGCCACAGUGUACACGAGCAUCAAAUAAAUCUUUUACUGUGAAUAAAUUAUGAACUUUAAAAUAGUCAGGAUUGAAUGGAAGGAUUGAUUUUUAGCGGUGUAACAUCUGAAACAGACAUGACCAAUGAUAUUUCAAAAUCAGUAACAGAAGAAAUAAAAUUAUCUAUUGCAACCAAGCAACAAAUUAUAUCUUCGUAAUCACCUUCACUUGUGGUCUCCUGUAAUUGAGCUGGUGCUGUUGAAUUAUGUCUUCUAAAUGUGAAACCUAAUUUUAAAGGGUGGCGAUCUGAAAUAAAAAUAGAAACAAGAUUUAUCAAUUAUACAAAAUUAGGCAGAAAUGAGUAAGGUUAUAUCAAAGUUUGCUUACUAAAGCUCCUUGAAAUCAUCUCAGUAGGUUUUGUGUACAAUGUACCUAAUUUGCUAACUACACAUUUAGCUAAUAAAUGUUUAUUUUUGUAAAAACAACACCGCUGAUUUAUUUAUAUCAGACGCCCGAGCACGAGUUUUGACAGCUCCGUAUAGGAGUGGGCAUUAUAUAGAAUAAAUCGUUUUCACAACGUUUUCGCUGAGCCACAACGCAAACGUUAUGGGUGACGAUGUAUGCUUUCCAAUUACAGAGCAUAAUGCGACUCAGUGCCGCACAAUGCCCAAUUAUGCUGAUGCUUAAUUGGAACGUGAAUUAGUUUUCAAAUGCACCAGCUGAGUGCGCUAAGUUCAGUGUUGAAAAAAAAAGACAAUGGUGCCAAUUCUGGCGUGAUUCUCUAAACUUAAAUCUAAAUUUAACAUCAGUCUCUCCUUUUCAUUCUGUAUAGAGAAUAACAAGGAUACACUGUUGUCAAAUUUAAGUUUAGGUUUAGAGAAUCAUGUCAGAAUUGAUACCAAUGUUUGUACCUUCAUCCAUACUUAUAUUUAUUUUUUAACAGUUUGAAUGAACUUUGAUUAUUUAAAAAAAACUAUUUAAUGAAACGAAAGCUUUAAUAAUUUUUCAACAAUAAAUAAUAUUACUAACGAUAACAUAUAAAUAAAACAUUUAGAUCAAUGCCAACUUAAAGAAAAAACACUUGUUAAUUUUCUGUCUCUAAGUUGGUACCAUUGCACGCAUCACACGAAAGCAUCACUUUUGAGAGUGCUCAAUUGUGCGAAGCGUUGCUGUAGUUGGAACACUCAACGUUAAUUCACAAUGCUGUAAUUGGAAAGCAACCAUUGACAACGAUCUAUUUCCCACAACGAUCUAUUUCUCACAACGCAAAUAACAUGACACAGGGCGUUGCUUGCUGUGGCGUUUUUGUGAUAUCUUCACGAGAAGUGACAACGUAAAGAAUGGUAGUAUAAUAAAAAGCUUGUAAAAAAAGGGUCUCUUGCGUUACCCGUAGAGCAUGAAAAAAGAGAUGGGCUAUCUAUUCAGAUACUUUGCAUUGCACAUUGCACAUGCUGCAGUUGUGUUGUGCGAUAAUUUAUGUUAUUGUACUCUACUAAGAUAAUACUUGGUUGGUUUCUUCAGUGAUGGCUCCCUCAGGAUUUGGCCAAUAUCUGAUGUUUGUGUCCAAAAUUUCUUGUCUAGGUUUGUUCGGUGAGGGCUUGUUUAUUGUUUUAAACUCUGCUUAUGCUGUGGAAGGGCUUUGUGCAAGUACAAGGACCUAGGAUUUGGGAAAAGAAUAGGGAAAAACAGAUAGGAAAGGUUAAGAUAUAAUAUAUGUUGAGCUG